UCAAAGAACCGUACGGAUGCCUUACUCACGCUCAAAUGACGCCGGCUCCAGCUGUAUAUAAGUCGCUUCUCGUCUUCUUUUCUCUUCAUCAUGGCCACAAAAGCAGCUGCAGCUGCAGCAACACAUUUCCUUCAGUUUCGGAUCCAGUACUCCAGUAUCGCCCUCCUCUACUAUGACUACGCUUUGACCUUCCCAACGGAGGUUAAGUACGUGUGGGGCUCAAAGUUCAGGUUGUCGACUGCCCUAUAUAUCUGUUGUCGUUAUGCUCUUGUCGCGAACGUCCUCUAUCUUCUGGCUAUAGCCAAGAAAUUAGGUGCCAGGUCCUACUUUGGGAGAGGAAGCAACACCCUAUCUGAUCCAUGACAUUUUAGUUGUGACACCUGGUACAAAAUCAUCGGGGCGCUUAGCGUCCUUGGGCGGGCUGCCGUGAUUGUGACUUUCACUGGGCGCACAUACGCUAUCUUCGCUAGGAGCAAAAUUAUUC